UUUCAGUCAAAGUACGGCGGCGCGCCGGCUCGCGCGCUCGCUGCCUUGAGCCGAGCCUGGUACGAAGGUAUUCAAAGAAAAACCCUUUUCAUCACUAAAAAGAGGCUCCUCCGAGCUUUAUUGGCUCCCAUGCGUGGGUAACACGUGUCAAUUCAACGCGCCGCGGAUGGACGGUAGGCGAAAACUGCGGCAGUGUCUUCCGUUAUACUUGUGAAUGUGAUUGACUGCUUUAAGAGUGUGCAGAUGUUUUGAUGAGGUGGCGCAACCGGAACGCUGUGUAAAUACUAAAUAUUGGUCUAUUCAAGCAAUAACUUAGAAACCCCGUAGUUCUAAAGUCAAAUUCUUCCAUACGUGUAAACUGUGUUGUGUAAAAAUGUGUGUGAACCGUACUGUAGUGUAAAAUGGUGGUAAAAUGCCUGCGCGGUCGUCGUCGAGUUUGAUGCGACCGUUCGUGGUGCUUGCCCUGCCCGGAAUGUAUUUGCUGUAUAAGUACAACCAGUACCGACAGCAGCAGAUGGAGACCGCGCGGCGCCGCGUCACUGAGCGGGAGCUUAUGCACCUUAACACCAAAAUCGAUAAGUUGCUCAAUAAGCUAGAGGAGAAUGAGCCAGAGUUAGCAUCAUCGCCCGAAGAAGAGUGUGUAAUAUGCGUGAACGCGAAAGCGACGAUGCAGACCUCGCCGUGCGGGCACCGCGUGGUCUGCCGCCGCUGCUUCGUGAAGACCAUCCAAAUGGCCGUCAGCCAACGGCUGCUGCCGCUCCGCUGCGUCAUCUGCCGCGCCAAGAUCCUGCGGCUGCGGCAGGCGCCGCGGCUGGUCACUAGCAAAAGCUGGCAGGUGUCAAGUGGCAGCGGCAAAUCAUGGGGCGUGCCGGGCUCCGUCUCCAGUUACUCGGUGGGCGCGCGGUCCGUGCCCGCCUCCGCUUCGCUUUACUCUGUCACCAGCGGCGAGUCUUCCCUCUCCGGAGUGUCUUCCGUAUCGUCAAACAGCGGCGGCGUGAGCGGCGGCUGCUCGACGAAGCUCUGCGGCGGCGCCAAGUGCGGUGGAGCCUGUCUGGGCGCCGUGCCGCGUGCCUCGGCCCCUGCCACCGCCCCGCCGAGAGCUAGGCAGCCGGCCUCUAAUUCGCUGCGGCGGUCGCAGCACCAUAGCAUGAAGGCCCGCCUACAAGACUACCAAGUGCACAGCUACACGGGCGGGCCGGGGCCGGCGGGGGAGCCCUCGGGCCGGCUGCCCCCCAUCCGCGAAUUCCAGCGCGAGUUCCGCGAGGGCCGCCGCGAGAGCGCCGCCGCCUCCGCCUCCACUAGGAUAAGAUGCGCCCAAAAAAUAGUAACACAGUUAGAAACGUCACCGCAAAAAAACAAGGACCACUUCUUUCGACCGCUCAAAGCGCCGAGCAAAGACGACCCGCCCAAAUCCAGAGAUCCGAGCAAAGAGACUGAACGGAAAAAAGAUAACCCCAAAACUAAGCCCAAAAAAGAAGAUAAGAAAAAGAAAGACGAAGAGUCUACAAAUCAAGAAGAUAAGAACAAGAAAGAUGAAAGCACUGACAACAGAAAGAACGAGAUAGCGGAGCGGAAGAAGGAAGAGAAACUAAGGCUUAAAGCGGAAAAGGAAGCUAAGAAAGAAGCGAACAGGCUGGCUAAAGAGGAAGAGAGACAAGCUAAACUCUUAGCCAAAGAAGAAGAACGUCAGGCCAAACUAUUAGCGAAGGAAGAAAAGAAGAAAGCCAAGAAGGAAGCAAAGCUCGCGGCGCAAGCGGAGAAGGAGAAAAACAAAUGAAGAACCGUUUAAAUUUUUACAACGUAGUACAUGUAGCCGUCUAGAAACUAGAUUCGAGUAUUGUUAUGGAGGGAAUCGUAAAACAAUUUUAAUAGAACGUAUUCAACAAUACUAAUAGUCCAUAAUACACAAUUAUGAUUAACUACAAUAACAAAUAGGACGUAAUAAUAAACCGUGAGAUGUUUUUUACGUUACUUCAUAAAUCGUUGCUUUAAUACUCAAUCAUAGGACUUUAAUUUAUUUAUACUUUUGUUACAAGCAGAAAACUGCUAUUUAAAUUAGGAAAGUUUAGUUGUAAGAUCUUUAAUUACGAGAAGCAAUCUAA